AGCGGAUGUACUCCCAGCUUUGUCGCAAGCUACUAGGACGCCAGUGUUAUUGAACGUCAAUAGAAAACCCCGUUCUUGCGACUUCCAUGCAAAGAACUAGGGACAAGUGGCUGGGUAGGUGGAGAUGGCUGUCCAUGUUAGCCUUGGUGGUCGCGACUGGCGCUCCCGUCGCGGACGCCGCCUGCGAGCCCAUAGUCACUCAGGGCAAUGCAUGGUGCAUGAACUGUGGCGCCACGUGCUUCCCUCUGCUGGACAGGAUGCACCUUCACAUUAACGGCCAAAGUCCCCACGCCAAUCCUCGUGAUCAGGACGUCCGCACUGAGAUCGCGACCAACAUCUCAACCACAGGAGCACUCAUGGACGGCCCGUCGGCGGCACCCAAGAGCUUGUACAUUUCCGCCACACACAGCCAAGCGUUUUCGUUCGCGUUUGACACACUCAAGAACUUGAAGCAACUGCAUACCAUGUACGAAUGAAUCCUUCUUCACAAACAAUGGAGGCUGUCAUGGUUAAUAAUGAAGUACACUAGUGCUUUGAACCGAGUAUCUGUCUCGAGCUGCCGACCUCAAGACUUUGUCCAUGGCAACCAAAUAGCCCACAUUGUUGUAGCCAACUGCAAACCGCCCACGGCUAUGACGAUGGACUUGACCGAGCUAUUCGAGUUGACACACAUUGACGUUCACAACUGCACGCUCAACGAGUUCCCAUCCUGGAGCACGCCGUCGGCUGUCCAGUCCAUCAAACUGGUCAACAUCGGGCUCACUACAUUUCCUUCGAUCCCGCCCCAACUCGCGCCCAAUACUUUCAUUGACUUGACGCAAAACCCGUUCGCAUUGCUCACGUCGUCACACUGCGACACGAUUCGCUCGCGCAACAUCUCAGUCGAUGCCGCCGUGACCGCACAAUGUCUUUUUUCGUCGAGUGUUUUGGGGCUGUCUCCGACUUCCCCCCCUUCUCCCCCCGAGGAGGCCCAUACCAACCCGUGGAACUCUGUGUUUACAUUCAUCAUGAUCCUCGUCGUGUCGGCGCUCAUGGGGGCUUUCGUGAUGCACCGCCGGCGCCUUCUCACUCCGACGUCGCGCACUCCCGGCGGCACGGACGACUACCUCACGAGCACCACGCCCAUCAUGGAAACUGGCAGCCUUCCUUUAUCCACCGACCAGCUGAUGAUGCUGUCCAAAGCCAAGGACGACAUAUCCGAGCCUAUCUUGACGCCGUUCCCCCCACGAGCCGGCCGCUCGUACAAACUCCUUCCCCCAAAAGACGUCAAGCUCGCCGCCCGCCCCCCCAAAGCCCCCAUCGGACAGCUCUCGGCGCACUACCACAACACACAUGUGACACUGUACCGGUUGGACUACCGGGACUACGACCAACCCCGCAUCGAUUCGUUUCUCCACACGGUCGAAGUCCUCGCGACGCUCAAACAUCCCAACAUCACGCGGCUCGUGGGGGCCACCAAGCUGAGCGGCGUCUCCAUCUGCGCCGUCUUUGACCACAGUCCAACCACUGACCUCGGACUGCCGUCGUUCCUGUUUCAAACGGCCGACUCGUCGAUUCUUCUUCCCCUACAUCCCAAAACCCAUGCUGCGCUACACCGCCGCAUGCGCACGCUGGCAGUGGGCGUGGCCGACGCCAUCGCGUUCAUUCACGCCACGACCAACGGCCCCAUGACUCGACGGCUCACUAGCGCGACCGUGUCAGUGCGGCCGUCCGACGGAUCCGUCCGGGUCAACCCCAUGUCGUGGAUUGAUGACGAUACUACCACCGAUGACAAAACCAACAGCAACCAUCCCAUGGUGUCCUUUGGCAGCUUUGUCUUGGCCAGCGUCGCCCCGGAAUGUCUCACAGACUCUUCGUCGUCUACGCAGUCGUCGGAUGUGUUUGCACUCGGGAUCGUGUUGGGGGAGAUUGCCACCUGCGGCCGCCCCUUUGCAUCUUGGUACAAGGACAUGGGCGCUGUUGCCGCCGAUGCCCGCAUCCACGCCGUCUACACGGACGCAUCGAAUGAUCCCAUCAAGCCCUUCCCCACGGUUCCUCCAGGUCCCAUCGCCGACCUGAUCGCAGCAUGUCUCGAUCGAGAUCCGUCCAAGCGACCCACCGCCGCCGUAGUCGUCGCGUCGCUGCAUCUUGCAUGUCCAGUGGAAACAAACGAUGAAGAUGAAGAGUCGUCGGGGACGGUGGCAGUGGAAGAGUAAUAUUAUAUAUAUAUCGAGAGGUAUCAUGUCCUAGUGUCGUUUGUGGUCGUCAUUGAUGAUGGUCAUGCUGAGGUUGUUGGUUUGGCUGUCGAGAUAGAGCGACGCCAGCUGGUCGUCGGACGUGGCUUGCACGACCGCCUUGUCCCGCCGCACGGCCAGAAACCGGGGAAAUCGCAGCCCCAA